AGAGGGUGGCACCCAUGGAUGUGUAAAGACAACCACAUACAGCGGAAGUGCUGGGAACCAGGAACCGCAGGGAGCACGGCACUGUUGUGGGCAUGGUCUGCUAAAGCGCACACAGCUAGCCCACUCACUGAGGGAAACAUGGGAGGGUCUCAAAGCGUCGAGGUACCGGGUGGAGGAACCGAAGGCUACCACGUCCUCAGAGUGCAAGACAAUUCCCCCGGUAACCGUGCAGGACUGGAGCCAUUCUUUGAUUUCAUCAUUUCUAUUUGUGACACUAGACUGAACAGGGACAAUGACACCCUAAAAGAAAUGCUGAAGAUGAAUGUGGAGAGGCCAAUAAAGAUACUGUUAUACAACAGCAAGACGCUGGCGGUGAGGGAGACGUCCAUCAUACCCAGCAACCUGUGGGGCGGCCAGGGGCUUCUGGGAGUCAGCAUUCGCUUCUGCAGCUUUGAAGGAGCAAAUGAAAAUGUUUGGCAUGUCUUGGAAGUUGAACCACGCUCCCCCGCAGCGCUGGCCGGUUUGAAGGCCUACACCGACUACAUUAUAGGAGCUGACGCCAGCAUGAGCGAGAGUGAAGAUCUGUUCUCCGUGGUUGAAUCCCAUGAAGGGAAGGAGUUGAAGCUGUACGUUUACAGCACAGAUACGGACAACUGCCGCGAGGUGGUCAUCACUCCAAACUGUGACUGGGGAGGGGAGGGCAGUCUAGGAUGUGGGAUUGGCUACGGCUACCUACACAGGAUACCUACACUGCCAUUUGCAGAGGACAAGAAUAUCAGUCUCCCUGCUCAAACUCCCCUUAAACCAGCUACUUCUCCCAAAGAUGGCUUCACAGAGGUGCAUCUCUCUGCCGUCAUCCCAACCGUUCCAGUUGCUGUGUCUUCUUCUGCUUCGUCUGGAUUAGAGCAGCCUCUCUCCGUCCUGUCGGUCGAAUCAGACCUGAGCUCCGUCAUUAGCAAUCCACAGACAGGAGCCCCUACUGUCUCGUCGCCCAACCAAGCCCUCUCCUCACAAAGCGCUCCCAUGUCUUUCAGUCCUGCUGCCACACUACCAGGUCUGAUCCCUUUACCUGGAGGUCUUCCACCCUUUCCUCAUUUACCAAAUCUAAAUAUCACCCUGCCAGAUGUGCGUCACGUAAUGCCCCAUGGAGUUGGUGGAUUACAACAUGCAGGUCUUCCACCUCUCAGCCUGCCUCCGCCUGACUUUGUUCUUCCUCCAAUCAAUGCAAAUGCAGCUCCUGCUGUUACACUGAACACCACAUAUCCUUCCCCCACCAUCCAAAUGAACAGUUCAUGGACCAGAACCCCCAUCCCGACAUCAGCGGCCCCCUCUGAGUCCAUAAAAAUCACUAUGACUGCAGACUCAUCUUAGCAGAGAGCACCGACCAGGUCAGCUUGCUCUUAACACAGUUUAGCCUUGCUGCAACGACCAGUUGUCAAAAUGGUACGAUUGUUGUACGAGCUCCAGUAUCUCGAGGAUAAUGGAACCUUGUGCGGGCAGCGAGAGGAAAAUAAUAGUUUGAGCUGCUAACAGUUGAAAUAUGCACUCUGUUGCAGAACUUUUAAAAGUAUCUCUAAGCUCAAUAAUAACAUGUUAAUGCUAACAAAACUAUGGGCACUUUUUAAGCUUGGUAAAAUAUGUGGGAAACAUUGUAGUGUGCCUUUUUUCUUUUGUGGUAGAACUACUGCAGAGGCCUUUAAGGAUACAAAUGGGAUUUAUUUAUAACCAUUUUGUGCUUCCUUUCAAUGUUUUGUUUGCUAAAAAGGCCAAGAUCCAACAGCUGCUCUUGCCGGCUGAGCUGUCUGAAGCUGUAGUGUUGGUUAUUGCUCCGACUACAGUUUGCAAUUGAAUCUAUGUUGCCAUGGCUUCAGCUGCGGUAUGGUGACUUUACUGCUCCUGUGAAUGAUGCUUUCUCUGCACACCUUACUUAAACCUGCUUUGCUUAUAUCAGAUAUGACAGAUGUGUGACCAAGAGUGUGGAGGAUUGUAGCAGCUUCAACACCGUAUACAAUUCACUGCUUAACAAACACCUGUAUCCAAUAAUAACUGAAACAGAGCCAUGGCUACAACCACAAUCCAAAGCAACGUCCUCUCAGACUAACAGUACAGUCAGUUUCAAUGAGCUGUGGCCGCACUGAGAGACUUGUAUCAACUACCUCUGCUGGUGACCGACCCUCUGCAAUGAUACACACUUGUUGCCUGAGACAAAGCCAUGGGUGCGCCGACAUGAGGUGCUCACACAGCCAGCGGUGCUCUUCAACUUUAAUAUGUCUUCUAGAGGGAAUGCAAAAACAGUACUGCAAGGCAACACAAAAAAGGAGGAAAAACAAAUACCCCGUGACAUUUCAGUAGAUUCUGUAAGUUAUCAAAAGGGUUUUUCGGGGAAGGCGGGACACUACCUUAUAAUACUUGGGAUUUCCGUUCAACAAGCAGGUUUCUUGCUGAAGCGCUACAGCCAUUACAUAUAUUACAUUUUUGUCAUUGUUGAAGUUAGACAUCAUUACCCUAAUUAAACCGAUGUAUUUUCUCUA